UGACUGGACUGUCAUAUUAUUACUGAUACAGAGAUAGAUGAAUUGUAAAGUAUCAAGCUCAUCUUGGUCAAAUGGAUAAUCUGUUAAGGUAUGAAAUCAUCAAAUAUAAAAAACAGUUUACCUUCCAUAACCUCAUUUACAUCGUCAACUUCUUCAAGCUGGCAUUCUCGUGCUCUUUGGAACUCUUCGCUGUCCCCGUCAUCUUCGCUCUCUAUGUCCGAAAUCUCACCAUCAAUAUAUCGAACAUGCUCUUCUUCUUGUUCGGCUAUCUCUUUUUCAGUCAGCAUGUUCAUUUUGUUUGGAUCGAUACCGGCCACGUCAAAAUCGCAAAAUUCGGACAUGUCUACAUCAUAGUCUUCAGAGGCAGUAACCGUAGUAUUUGGAAGAAGGAGAGUGGCAACGGUGUCAGCAGUGGUAGCAGGAAGAAUGGGAAUAUCACAAGUAGUAGCAGGACUAGUGUACUUAGGGAUGCUUUUCAAAAGACGUCUAGUUAAACCUUUUUGAGAGGCACGACUUAGUUUAGCUUUCUGAAUCGAAUUUGGGUUUGUCAUUGUUUAAAGUAUGAAGAUAAAAUGGAUGAUUUUAAAGGAAGUAUCAAGCAUUUUUUUUUUUUUGGAUUUAUACCUUUUUUAAUCGCUCACUACUCAAUAUCUUUCACAGAUGUUUGCCUUAUUAGAUCGUAUGUCCUUGUCAAAAACCAAAUCACAA